UGUGGUGGUCGGCUGAUUACAAUUGAACUGACAUGUCAUCGAUAUAUACUUCACAUCGAUAUCUUCAUUAGUCAUUUUUUACACAAAAGCAAAUGGAAAAACGGUGCAAGUGCUUAUUCAGCAAUUUUACUGCAUUAUUUCGUUUAAAUUAAUGCAAAUUACAAAAAUUUCAAGUCGCAAUCAAGCAACAGCAGUGGGCUAGCGGCUGCACAAUUAGGGAAACAACAAAUUCGUUCGAGAAUUUGUGUGUUUGUUGUUCUGACGUACAAAAAUCGAUUGCGUUGUAGGAGGAAAACACGACACAAAAGUGCAAGUGCAAAUCACAACACACAAAAUUUUAGCGAAGAACGUAAACGAAAACGACGUAAUUGGUCUUGGACAGAAUUACAACAAUUACACAAAUAAUUAACAGGCAGCUGAGUGCUCGUGCGGUCAAAGAAAUGGGCAUAUUUGGACAAUCGUCGCCAUUCGACGCAGAUGUGGAAAAGGCCACCAGCGAGACGAACACGAAUGACAAUUGGUCCUUUAUACUGGAUGUCUGUGACAAGGUGACAACGAAUCCGCGUUUGGCCAAAGAUUGCCUCAAGGCUGUGAUGCGACGCAUGGGACAUGCGGAUCCCCAUGUUGUUAUGCAGGCCAUCACUCUUCUGGAUGCAUGUGCCAACAAUUGUGGAAAACCGUUCCAUCUGGAAGUGGCAUCCCGUGAUUUUGAAACCGAGUUCCGACGCCUCUUGGGCAAAGCGCAGCCCAAGGUCUCAUUGAAAAUGCGUCAAGUUCUCAAGAAUUGGGCUGAGAAUGAUUUCAAAAAUGAUCCGGAACUGAAUCUGAUACCCACGCUGUAUACCAAGUUACGCAGUGAUGGCUACGACUUUAGUAAUUUGAACGAUAAAGGCAAUGGAAAAUCUGCAGCUGCCAAAGCGGCAGCAAUUAGUUUGGCCAAGGAUCCAAAUGUGGUCAGCAGCCAGCAGGAGGAGGAUGAUAUUGCCAAGGCAAUUGAACUGUCGCUAAAGGAGAACAAGAGCAGUCCCAAGCAGCAAUCAAGUGGCGCCACAGCUGCAACCACAACCAGCAGUGCCUAUCCCUCGCUAUAUCCCUCUUUUGGCGGCGGCAGCUCCAUCACCACCCCAAGCAAUGCAAAUGGGAAUGGAAAUGAAAAUGGAAAUGGUAAUGGCAACAAUGCCACUUCUUCAGCUCGUACCGUACGCGCCUUGUAUGACUUUGAGGCGGCCGAGGAAAAUGAGUUGACUUUCUUUGCUGGCGAGAUAAUCCAUGUGCAGGAUGACAGCGAUGCCAAUUGGUGGAAGGGCUACAAUGAUCGUGGUGAGGGCUUGUUUCCCUCCAACUUCGUCACUGCCGAUUUGUCUGUAGAUCCCGAACGCUUGGACAUCAAUCAACAACAUAAGAACAACGCCCAGAAACAGGCAGCAGCCGAGGAGGAGGCGUUAUUGUUGCAACAAAAGACUGAAGCUGCUGCCGCACAGCCCGUAGAAAUUGAUGAGGCCAAAAUCGAUCGACUCUUGCACUUGCUGCACGAGGCCAAUCCCGAAGAUCCCUCGCAGGAUAGCGAAGAAAUGUUGCUAUUGGAACAACAGGUUCAUCAAAUGGGUCCAUUAAUUGAUGCUGAGCUGGAACGUGUCGAUCGCAAGCAUGCACAGCUCACCCAGCUCUCCACGGAUCUUGUGGAGUCCAUCAAUCUUUACCAUAGACUCAUGCGUGAUGAUCGUGCAGCUGCUGCACAAUUUGGCGGCUCUGGCUUUAUGCCCGGCGGUUUUCCCGGUGCUGCACUGUAUGGUGCACCCGGGUAUCCCAGUGCUGGUGGCUUUCCUGUCCAAGCCUAUCCAGGCAUUAACUCGAUGCCCUAUGCGCCGCCUCAGUCGACCAAUGCGCCACCGCCCACAACGGCAACAGCAUCAACGGCGGGUUAUCCCGGACAAGUGCCCAUGCCUUAUCAGAAUGGACAUGCGCCGCAGUUGAACACAUUGCCGCCUCAUCUGACCCAAUCGCCGGCUGUUGCCGUAUCCGCGCCAUCACACCCCAGUCAUCCCCAGCCCAUCUAUAAUGCCCAGCCCACAGCAGUCAAUUCUCAGCAGCAACCACCGACAAACUAUCAUAUGUCACUGCCUACGGAGCAGCAGCUGCAGCAGCAGCAACUCCAACAGCAGCAGCAGUUGCCACCCACUCUUCCACCGCAAUUUGCCGCCGUGCCACCUGUAGCCACACAAAUCCAACAACAGCCGCCGCAACACGCCUACAUGUCGCCGCAGCAUCAACAACAAAUUCCACAGCAACAUCAACAACAACAACAACCACUACAGCAGCACCAACAGCAACAGGCACCACUGCCCCAGGCUUAUUUGCCGGCAGGUGUCACAGCGCAGCCGCCACAGUUUUAUGCACCAAAUGGAGCUCCUCCUCCAGUUACACAGAGUUAUAUGCCGCCACAGCAACAACAACAGCAACAACAGCCGCAACAACAACCACCACACAAUCACAACGAUCAAAUUAGUCAGCUGCAUCAGCAAAUGGCAGCCAUGUCGAUGGCGCAUCAUGGAGGCAUGCCACAGGCUGCAACAGCUUCAUCUGGAUAUCACAUGCAAAACGAUGCCGUCAAGAAUAACAUUCCUAUUUAUCAGCAGCAGCGGUAAAACCGCAUAAUCUUUAAUUUACUCCCAAAAUGUAUUCACAUAGAAUCGAUAUGAUCCUUAAUGAAAUUUGGUUUUAAUUUUGAAUAUUUAUUCUUUUGUUGAGUUUUGUUUGUAAUCGUGGCAUUGCAGUUUUUUUAAUCAUUUGCCAAACUACUUAUUCACAUUAAAUUUGAGAAUUUAUGUUAUUUUUCUUUCUGUCAAAUUUCUGUUAAUAUAAUAACUCUUUUAAUAAUUGGGCAAAUAUUUGAAUAAGCGUCAAGAACUAAGUUUUUAAAAUAAGUGCAAAGCGAAAAAAAGGAAGUAAAAUGUUUUAGUUCUAUUUAUACUAUAUAUAUUAUAUAAAACCAUAUAAAUAUUCUAUAAAUUAUGUAUGACUCAAUAUUGAGCGAGAAGGAGAAGGAGAGGAAAACAUACACAGAGAAAGAGAAUGUCGUAGCAUGAAAAAUAAAUUCCCUAUCACUAUUAUGUAUUAUGUUUAUUGUACUAUUAUAAUUAUAUGAUGAUAAAAUUAACAAGCAAAACGAAUCACAUUCAUUAUGCAAACCUUACGCAAAACAUUAAAAGUUGAUCAGAUUCCAAUGCUGAUUAAUAAAAACAAUAAUAAACUAUAGUA